AUGACUUCCAUCCUACUACUGAGUAGGGAAAACAAGUCAAAAGGAGUAAAUGCGCACCUAGUGGGGAUAGAUGCGACUGGACAGGACAUAGGGAGGACUGGUCCGAUGCGCAGGAAUGUCAGGUCGGGAUCGGACAUGCGUCAGACUGUCGGAAACUGGUUCCAAGCCCAGCGCCGCGACCAUUGUUACACCGAUGUCACAUGGCAGCACCUUCCUUUCUCCUUCACCAAAAUGUCGUCCACAUUCACCUUAGCCACACCAGCAAAUGUUGGCGUGUGCUGGGCACAUGCACUAGAUGCUGGUUGUUGCUGGAGCAGGGUAGUGGUUGUGGCAGGUGGUGGUGGACCAUGGUGUUGA